UUUAGGCAUAUUCACCGAAGGAAAUAAAGCAGACCUUGUACAAAGGUUAAAGGAAUACCAAACAAAUGAACUCUGUGAGAAAAAUGUGGACGGAAUGAAGUUCACGAAUGAUGAAGCUGAUAACGAAUCAGUAAUAUCCGAUCUUAAUACUGAAACUACUAAAAUGUUAAAUCCUGAAACACAAACGUUAAGAGAAUUACUUCAGAAGAACAAGCGCCUAUUACAUGCUGCAUUAUCAUCGGUUUUCCCCCAAGAUACAGCAGAAACAGCUGACAACCCACAGCAGACCAAUAAGACUAAAAAACAGAAAUUACAAGCCGAAGAGGAGGAUAAUUCUGAUCCAUUAAUUGAGAGUAUUGUCAGGGUUUCAAAAAUUGGAAAAUGCCAUGCUAAACUUUGA